GCCGCAUGAACACACGAUUGGCAGUUGAGAAAGGGGUUCCGCACAUGCGCAGCUGCCACUGGCUCAGACGUAGCUGUAGUGAAGUUGACACUACAAUCAAAUCAUACAUUAGAUCAAUAUAUCUGAUUAGAUCUGAGUGUUUAUAACGCGUUUUUGCAGAAGCAUGCGCAGUGGAGCGCAGGCGGUCAGGGCUCUGUCCCCUGCUUUUUUUCCCUGCCGGUUGAGUCACCCCGGAGCCCAAGGUGCACAUGUCACUGUCCAGAGAUCAGCGCGGGUUUUCAGCACAAACUCGUCGUCCACACCUUUACCCGCCCAUGCCCGUGUGGUCAUCUGUGGAGGGGGCGUUGUGGGAACCUCCGUGGCAUAUCAUCUUGCCAAACUGGGCUGGACUGAGAUAGUUCUGCUGGAGCAGGGCAGACUUGGAGCCGGCACAACUCGCUUUUGUGCAGGAAUAGUAAGUGUUGCCAAACCUCUUUCAAUAGAGAGUAAAAUGGCAGAUUACUCGAAUACACUCUAUGAGCGUUUGGAGGAAGAGACGGGCAUCAAAACAGGUUUCGUACAGACCGGUUCCCUUUGUUUGGCUCAAAAUCAGGAUCGUUUUUUGUCUUUGAAGCGUCUGGCAUCCAGGCUCAGGAUUCUAGGUGUCAGCUGUAACAUCAUCAAACCCAAAGAUGUGGCAAGGCUCCACCCACUGGUGAAUAUUCAUGAUCUGGUGGGUGCGUUGCACUUACCGGGAGACAGUGUGGUUUCACCGCCAGAUGUCAAUCACGCGCUCGCUGUGGCAGCCGCAAGUCACGGAGUUCAGAUUUAUGAGCACACGAGUGUAAAUCAUGUUCUGGUCAGUAAGGGUCAUGUUACAGCCGUGGAGACCGACCGGGGAUCUAUAGAGUGUGACUACUUUGUAAACUGUGCUGGACAGUGGGCAUAUGAACUGGGUCAGAGCAGUGAAGUGAAAGUGUCGGUACCGUUACAUGGCUGUGAACAUUUCUACCUACUCACUAAGCCUCUGAUAGAGCCGUUAAAACCAGACAGUCCAGUGGUGAUAGACAUGGACGGGCGGAUCUACGCUCGGGCCUGGCAGGGGGGCAUCCUAUCUGGGGGAUUUGAGAAGAACCCUAAACCCAUCUUCACUGAGGGACGCAACCAGCUGGAGAUCCAGAACAUGCAAGAAGAUUGGGAUCACUUUGAACCCAUUUUGAACGCUUUGCUGCGCCGGAUGCCCAGUUUGGAGACUUGUGAGAUCCAGCAGCUGGUGAACUGCCCUGAGUCCUUUACUCCAGACAUGCGCUGUCUGAUGGGAGAGACUCCGGGUUUAUAUGGAUAUUAUGUGCUGGCGGGCAUGAAUUCAUCAGGGCUGUCGUUCGCAGGCGGAGCUGGAAAAUAUUUAGCAGAGUGGAUUACUUAUGGAUAUCCCAGUGCUAACGUCUGGCCGAUGGACAUCAAACGCUUUGGAAAUCUACAGAGCAGCCGUACAUUCCUGCGUCAUCGAGUUAUGGAGGUCAUGCCGCUCCUUUAUGAAUUGAAAGUUCCUCGCUGGGACUUCCAGACGGGUCGACAGUUACGUACAAGUCCACUGCACGACCGCUUGGAUACUCAAGGAGCACGCUGGAUGGAGAAACAUGGCUUUGAGCGAGCCAAGUACUUUGUUCCUGCUGGGAAGGAUUUACUGGCUCUGGAUCAGAGUAAGACCUUCUAUAAGCCUGACUGGUUUGAUAUAGUGGGUGCUGAGGUGAAGUGCUGUAAAGAAGCUGUGUGUGUUAUUGACAUGUCUUCUUUUACCAAGUUUGAACUCACUUCUGCAGGAGAUCAGGCCCUGUGUCUUCUACAGCGUCUCUGUGCCAAUGACCUGGAUGUGCCCGUGGGACAUAUCGUCCACACAGGCAUGCUGAACGAGAGAGGAGGGUACGAGAAUGACUGUAGCGUGGUACGCCUCAGCAAGAACAGUUUCUUCAUUAUUUCACCAUCUGAUCAACAAGUUCAUUGCUGGUCUUGGAUUAAAAAGCACAUGCCAAACGACCCUCAGCUUCACCUGGAGGACGUCAGCUGGAAGUACACAGCUCUGAAUCUGAUCGGUCCUCGUGCCAUGGAUGUGUUAUCUGAGCUGUCUUACGUGUCCAUGACUCCAGAACACUUCCCCUCUCUGUUCUGUAAGGAAAUGAGUGUGGGUUAUGCCAAUGGCAUCAGAGUGAUGAGUAUGACACACACUGGAGAGCCAGGAUUCAUGCUUUAUAUUCCCAUAGAGUACGCACUCCACGUGUAUAAUGAAGUGAUGUCAGUCGGGCAGAAAUAUGGGAUCCGGAACGCCGGCUACUACGCCUUACGGAGUAUACGCAUUGAGAAAUUUUUUGCCUUUUGGGGGCAGGAUUUGGACUCAUUCACCACCCCGCUGGAGUGUGGCAGAGAAUUCCGCGUCAAAUUUGAUAAGGACACAGAUUUCCUGGGCCGGGAAGUCCUGUUGCGCCAGCGCGCCGAGGGAGUUUUGCGGCGUUUCAUUAUGCUGGUCCUUGAAGACCACGACACAGAGCUGGACAUCUGGCCCUGGUGGGGCGAGCCUAUUUACCGCAACGAUGAGCUGGUCGGUGUGACCACCAGCAGCGCCUACAGCUACACAUUAGAGCGCCACGUCUGUCUAGGCUUUGUGAGCCCAACAAACUCCGAUGGCACUCCAGCUGUGGUCACGCCAGAUUUCAUUAACCGGGGCGACUAUCAAGUGGACAUUGCCGGCCAAAGGUAUCCAGCUAAAGCCAAGCUCUAUCCGUUCACCUCACUUUCUGCCCAGCAGAAACGUCGCAAAGACGACAUGGAGCUCAGCAACUUCCAGAGUAAAUAAAGACCUGGUCCGAGAGGCCCAAAUCCCUGGUACUGGCCACUGCAUCGUGCCCCAUGUUAUGACUUUAUGAUACGCCAAAUGAUGUUUGUGUCCGGUCACACAUCGUGUAAGAGCUGUUGCCAUCGCUGGAGCAGUUGAUGAAUUUCUACAACAAAUGUAAUGCGUGAUAGCAGAUUUGUUUGACUUUCACAUUGCAAGGAUUCAAAAGCAUAACUGUCUAUUGCAUUUUUAGUAGUGCAUUACUCUCCGAAAAACAGGUCGUGUCCUUGUUUUAGUUCUCGUUUUAGAUGCGUUUCUCCCCCAAGUCACGUGGUUUAAAAUAAAAGGUGUCUUUUAUAAGGGAGGUCAGAUUAAGACUAGACAAUCACAGUCUGUUGGAAGCUUUAGUUUAUUUUUGACCAACAUUAAACGAUUAAAUUGGAAAGAUUCAAAUGUAUCUAUAAAUGCUGUUCAUUGAGAGGUUUCAGAUAGUGUAAGGGACGAGUUUUGACCGAUGGUGUUUAUAAAGUGCCUUGCAGCAAUUCAUUGAAUGUUUGGCUGAUGCGAUGCAAUCCUUUAUUAACAUCAGUAGAGUAAACGCACACCUCUCGAGGUGCUAGUUAAAGGAAUAGAAAUGAAAUAACUUACUUAAAAGCAUAUGUUUCAGUGUAAUAUACAGCAUAUCGUUUUCAUCUUUUAUUCAUUCAUAAUAAUAUAUUGUGUCAUUUUCGAUGAUGUCUCGGUUUAUUAACGUUAAGAAAAGUUAUGAUGUUUUUCCCCUUCAUCCGUGCAAUUCUGUCAGAAGAUUUAAAUGAUCAAAAUAUUCCCAUUCUUUUAUUUGUGUAUAUUCUGAACAUCUGUCUUAUGGCACUGAGAUCUGUACAGUGUAUAUCGUUUAUAAAUCAAGAGCACCUUAUUUUUUAGGAUUGAUACUCUAUAAGAUCAGCACUGUUUUGUCAAAGGAUCAGAAGAUCCUUCAUUCGUUUGGUUUUGCACUGCAGUGACUUUAAAUGAUGACUCCAUAGCAAAUAAAAACAAUGCUAACAUGUCUAGGGCACAUUUAGAAAUGAAGUAGUUUUAUGUUUGCAUUAAUCAUAUCUACCGAGUAUCAGUUCUUUCUUUUGGUUAUGGGGUGAAGUUUUACCCCAGGUUUCAUGAAUUAAUUUCUAUUUAUGUUCUCAUCUCUUGUGUGUGUGUGCGUGUGUGUGUCGUGGACUGUGGAUUGCUGUUUGAAUUUAGUCUUUGGUAGUCUUAGCAGAGUUUGUAUUGUAACUUAUGAAUCUAAUAAGAAAUGGUCUAUUGACCGUACAUUUGUUAUAAUUCAGUCUGUCAGAACUGACUAAGUUGUGCACUUUGCUUGAACCUAUUGUGUUUUUUCUUAACCUGUCAUUUAGAUAUAGCAGGUGUAAUUGGACUAUUAUUAAAAUUAAUCUUUUGUCCACCCUGCCAGCCUUUGUAUUUGUAUAUAUUAUACAAAUGGUACAAAUGUUUGGCUAAUUCUCCUGAAUAAAAAUCAGAAUUACA